AUGAAGGGGAAAGUUAAAUAUCUAAUAGUUGUUCUUGUUGUGUUGCAAGGAAUUUUAUUAUUUACCUAUGUAAUGUUUUAUCAGAGUAGAGGUUAUUCUGCCAGUAUUUCUGUUGUACAUACGCCUGUCGGGAAAAAAGACGUUGUUACUAAUCGUGAUCAAAUUAAACAAUUGAUACAACCAAAACUGAAAUCAAAACAGGCAGGCGAAAAGAAAGAUGUAGGCGUUCAAGUUCCGAAUAAAACAAUAUUUGUUGACGAACGAAACGGCGAAUGUAAUGGAACCAAAUUUCAGUAUGAACAUAUUGAUGAUACAUCCUGGUUCCCUGUAGACAAAGGGAACAGUAUGUUUGUUUUCUCAGCAUAUUACAUUAAGGCAAGAAGGAAAGUGUUUAUUAUAGGCGCAAAACAAAAAUCAACACAAAGGUGUAUAUGUCAAUUCUGGUACCCAUAUGGAAGUAAAGGAAAUAUGCGCAUGACUGAACAUCCGGCGCUUUCCAAAAUGCGGUCGGAGGGCAAAAGUAAACUAUAUUUAGCAACAGUGUUUGAGUGUUUUCUUGGAGCAGAUCAAAUACCCUCUUACAUCUCGCUUGUAACGAGAUCAUGCGAGACUCCACUAAACAUGCUUGCCGUGAAAAAUGUUUCAAAACCUAUCAAAUAUAAAACGCGUUUUUCAGUAUGCCUGUCUCCGCUGUAUUUUAACUACAGCCGGGCGUAUGAACUUGUGGAGUGGAUUGAACUAAAUAGAAUACUCGGUGCCGAAAAAUUCACUAUUUAUAACAUUUCAACUUCAAUCAAUGUCGAUAAAGUGCUUGAAUAUUAUUCAAAACGAGGCUUGGUGGAAAUUGUGCAAUGGAGAUUACCAAUGAGAGUAAGUAAAUGUCCCGGUGACCAAUCGGACAUUCAUUACUUCGGACAAACAGCUGCUUUGAAUGACUGCCUAUUUCGAACUAAACGUGACUCGGAAUAUUUAGUAAACGUGGACUUAGAUGAGUUCAUUAUUCCCCAUGGUGAAAACCUGUUUAACUGGACACUAACAAUAAAACCAUAUGAAAACAUUUACAAUGUUUUUAUGUUUAAAAGUACGUAUUUUAGAAAAGAAUGGAAAAGUAUUAAAAAUGACUUCCCUGAACAGGACCAAGCGGAAAAGUAUAAGCUGGUAUCGCUUAAAGUAAUAGAGCGUGAAGGUAGGAUAUUUCCUGCAAAACGCCGGACCAAAUAUAUUGCACGGACAGCAUCAAUUGAUGUAAUACAGAUUCACGAAGUUCCGGGUUCACAUACGGCAAUUAUUCCUCCUUCAGUUGCUCUUUUACAUCAUUAUAGGAACUGGUUUAAUCAGCUAGAUAGAAAUGGAUCUGUGGAGGAUAACAUUGUACGUCAGCUUUAUGGGACACAGUUAAUAAAUCGUGUACGAAUUGUGUGGAAUGACCUUCAUGGUGUACAAAUGGAACUAUGAAAGUUAAAUGAACAAUUAUAACGUGGAAUUAAAGUACUAAAAUACAGUUUCAUUUAAUAUUUUACACAACAGAUGCCACCAUUGAUAUCAUGUAUACGGUAUACAUGUAUAUAAAUUGCAAACAAUUUCAUUCCAUCAGAAAAGCAGUCCUCAACAAUUCCCUUUUCUGCGUGCAUGUAGUGUUAUUAUAAUAACAAACUUGUUGGAGUCCCUACCAAUAUAUAGAUAAUUCUGUAAUCAAUAUGUUACAAUUAUGUUAUAUCUGAUGGCGGCCAUCUCUUUGUUUUAUCUUUUAAAUGUUUAGUCAGUAAUAAAUCAGGCAAAAUUUAUAUCAGGCAAAAUUUAUAUAUGUAUGUGCAUUUAUAUUUACAUCUUUCUAUUUUUAU